ACCACCGAAAAAACCCAAAAAUUUUAACAAAAUUUCCAUACCCACCGAGCCACAAACAACCACUGAGAUACAUACCCACUGCCACUGCCAAACUCACUGCUGAAUCACCAGCUGAGAUCCAUACUCAAACCCAUUGCCGAGCCACAAACAACCACUGGGAUUCCUACCCUUCAGUUCUAAGAUGAGAACAAAGACCCAAAAACCAUGCAAGACCCAAGAUCCAUACCCUUCAGUUCUGCCGAGCCACAAACGAGCGAUCUAAAACCCAAGCCCCACGCAAGCAAUCUUCAAGCAGAAACGAGCAAUCUUCAAUCGGAAACAAGCAAUCUCCAAGACCCACACAAGCGAUCUACAGGCGAAAACGAGCAAUCUUCGUCGUUGCUGAGAUUGGAGAAAGGAGAGUAAUUGGAAACAUUGGGCAAGAGGCAGAGAAAAGAGAGAGAAAGAGGGUUCAGUAAAUAUUUUUUUAUUAAAUAGGAGAGAAAAAAUUACUGUUUAUAAUAAAAUAUACUCCAAUAUUUAAUUUUAAUAACCUGCAACCUCACUGUAGCCAGUUGGUAAAAAAAUUUAAGAAUAGCAACUCGGAUGUUGAAUUCUUUUAAGGAAUUGAGUUGCAAAAUAGUAACUGAGGGGAGUUUACACGCUAGUGCUCUAACCUCUGGCAUUGAGCAGCAAAUCAUUCCUUCACUUCUGAUUUCUCAAUCAUUAUCCUAAAACAUAAUAAUAUCGUAUGUGAUUAAACUUCUCUUCACUUAGUAGCUAGCAAAACACUAUAAAUAAGUGAAUAUACAUACAUUAACACUUCACAAAUUGAUCUCCUAAACUGAUGUGUUACUAAUCCAAGUUUCAAAUCCAACACUUCUGCUCUGAUCACAACCGGUAUAGCCUCUCUCUUUGUUGAGAUCAUGUUAUUCUCUCAAAUUUGCCCUUGACCUCCACUACUGUCUUUUGGUCUUUUCAAUUUUCUGACCCUCUUCCAACGUCACAAUAUACACACAUAAUCCAAGUUAAAAUCAUAGGUUACCUGUGAGAGAGAGAGAGAGAGAGAUAUUAUCGAUGCCUUUAUAUUGUUCAGGUCUGGCUAGGAGAGUUCCACAUGUCUUAGGAAGUGGAAGAAUAAUCAACAACCACCUUAUUUCCCACCACGUAGGAACUUUGUUCUUCUCACACCACCACAACUCAUCAAAACACAAUCUUGUUUCUCUAUCAAAGUUCAACCAAAGUUGUUUGUGUUGUUCUUCUUCUUCUUCUAUAAUGGAGGACCAGACAAAGCUGGACAGUACACCCUCAGAAUCAGAAAAAUAUUCCAAAGAAGUGGAAGUUGCUGUAAGAGCUGUGCAAAUGGCUUGUGCUCUCUGCCAGAGAGUGCAAGGCAAUUUGAUUUCCAAAACCAACGGUCAGGUCCAAUCCAAGGAUGACAAUUCUCCUGUCACUGUUGCAGAUUGGAGUGUCCAAGCAACAGUCAGCUGGUUGCUAUCUGAGUCCUUUGGGAGUAAAAAUGUGUCCAUAGUUGCUGAAGAAGAUAUUCAAAAACUCUGCAAGGCUGAUGCAGCUGGACUAUUAGCAACUGUAUCGAACACUGUAAAUGAAUGUCUAGCUGAAGCACCUCGUUUUGGACUCAAAGGUCCAAAUAUUUCCCUUGGGACCUCAGAGGUUCUUGAAGCCAUAAGCCGUUGCAACUCAACUGGGGGUCCUACUGGAAGAUUUUGGACACUUGACCCUGUUGAUGGCACAUUGGGGUUUGUCCGUGGGGAUCAAUAUGCUGUAGCUCUAGCACUGAUAGAGGAUGGGCAAGUAGUGCUUGGAGUUCUUGGGUGUCCAAAUUAUCCAAUGAGAAAGGAAUGGCUAAGUUAUCAUCAUCGCUACCACAGAAUUAUUUCUAAGUUGACUCCACCAACAUCUGAGUCUUGGGACAAAGGUUGUGUGAUUUACGCUAGGAGAGGUAGUGGUAAGGCUUUGAUGCAACCACUGCUCCAUGUAAAUCAGAAGUUAGUCUGGCCAAACUCUGUAAGGCCAGUUCGAGUGUCUUCCAUUGAUAAUCCAUCAUUGGCAACCUUUUGUGAACCAGUUGAGAAGGCAAAUUCAAGCCACUCCUUCACAGCAGGAGUGGCUCACAGCAUGGGGCUUAGGAAGCAACCACUAAGAGUAUACAGUAUGGUCAAAUAUGCUGCUAUAGCCCGUGGAGAUGCUGAGAUUUUUAUGAAGUUUGCAAGGGCAGGCUACAAGGAGAAAAUAUGGGAUCAUGCAGCAGGAGUUGUUAUCAUACAGGAGGCUGGUGGAGUGGUAACUGAUGCCAGAGGGCGACCACUUGACUUUUCAAAGGGCAUUUACCUAGAAGGUCUUGAUCGAGGUAUAAUUGCAUGUGCUGGACCCAAACUACAUGACAAGAUCAUCAGUGCUGUUGAUGCUAGCUGGGACUCCUCAAGUCUAUAAGGUUCAGCCAUUGAACAUCAAUGUAGAGAACACAAAGAUUAUUUAGAAAUCAAUGGGACUCCCCUCCUCUAGACAGGGUCAGGAAAUUGCGAAUCGUCAAUUUUUUUUUUUUGGUGGGGUGUGUGGGGUGAGGUUUGUAAUUAUAGGUUUGUAGGAGACCCUAGAAAUCAGCCUGCCAAUAAUGACUAGGGCUGGGCAUUUGUAAGUUUAAACACUUUCAAGGAAAUAAACCAUCCUAUUUUUAUUGCACA